AUGUACCUCUUUCUAAAUGUGCUCUGCCUUCUGCUGCUGGGCUCUUCCAUCUCUGCACUGCCAUCGCAGAGCCUUGAUGACAUCUUGCUGGAGAAGAAGGCCGACUCGACCAAGGUCGGGUACCUGGCCGUCUACUGGAAGACCAGCGCCACCGGCGUCUUCUUUGCGCUGAGCACAAAUGACAACCCGCUCGGCUUCACCGAGCUCAAGGGCGGUAAGCCCGUGAUCAUACCCAAGGUCGGCACCAAGGUCGUCCGGGAUGUGUCUAUCGUGCCUGGCGGCGGCAAGGAUGCGAAUGUCAUAUGGCGCAUCAUCGGGACGGACCUGGACAUCGGCUCGACAACUUGGGACCGCGCCAAGCGCACUGGCUCGCGGAGCAUCAUGACCUGGGAGUCGAGCGACCUCGUGAACUGGGGCAGCGAGAGACUGGUGGAGGUCGAGGACAAGACGGCGGGCAUGGUAUGGGCGCCCGAUGCCAUCUGGGACCCGAGUUCAAGCAAGUACUUCGUACAUUGGGCCUCGGCCUUCUACGAUAAGGGCGACACUGGACAUACCGGCACAGGCACGCCUCUAUAUAUCCGCUCUGCGCUGACCUCGGACUUCAAGACGUACGAGAGCCCGUCCACGUACAUCAACAAGAGCCCCAGCGACACGCUGGACAUGAGCUUCCUGCGCGUCGACAACUCGACGCUCGUCCGGUUCCUCGUCGGUGCGGGCGUCAAGGGCCCAGUGGCCGAGGUCAGCCGCAACGGCAUCGCAGGGCCCUGGACCCGGCCCUCAGGCUCCAUCAGCGCCCAGUACGAGGGCCCGUACCCGUUCUGGGACAACCGCGUCGAUGGCAAGGCGUACCUGCUCUGCGACCUCGUCGGCGGCGCCGCCGGCCUGCGCGCCUGGAGCUCGACGGACCCCCUGUCUGGCAAGUUCACCAGCGCCUCGUCGGCCAUCACGUACAUGCGGCACGGGUCCGUAUUGCCGGUGACGCAGGCGCAGUACAAUGCGCUCAAGGCCUUGUGA